AUGCCCUUCAUGAUUCGUUGCACCCCACACGAUGCUCAGCCACGAGAUAAACGAAUGGCAUAUCUCGUUGACCAUGACUUGGUCAAGUUCUUCCUCGCAGAUUCCAAGGACGUUCUAGCACUGUACCUUCAAGGUCCGCAAACUAUUCCAACCUCGGUCCACACUGCCACCUUUGUUUUUAACCUUGCUCAGUUCCCCGACCUUAAAAAGCUUUGCAACUCGACUUGGCCCUUAAAAGCCGUGGGGAUCGUCUCCACUCCCAUGAAUCGAGUUGAUCAUCUUUGCGGAAAAAGGCAGGCGACAAGGUCUUAG